UACGCUUUGAAGCACCCCACUUUUGCCCUUAACUGAUCUGGACCGCGGGGUAAAAGUGUCCCAAAAUUUCCCCUUGCGGUCGGUGUCUUUGCGCCGCCUUCGUUCGUUCCGUUCCUCGUCGGUCCAGACGUCCCCUUCUGUGCUGCUAUCGUGUCGUGUCAAGAGAACCCUUCAAUCGCAACCGAACACCCCCUCCGACGUUCUGUCGACACAUUUCAACAUGGAGCAGGUUACCGAAAAAGUUACCGAGACCCUCAAGAAGGUCGCCAUUGGCGGCGACAAGCCCCAGAAGGAGAAGAAGCAGAAGAAGGAGAAGGGUGCCCCCGCCGCUGGCGGCGAUGCCGGCCCUCUUGAGAUGAACCCUCCUCCUGCCUUUAUCCAGGAGCGUCUCGACCUGUUCGACAAGCUUUACAAGGAGCAGCAGGAGGAGCUGGCCAAGCGCCCCCGCGAUGACAUCCUCAUCACCAUGCCCGACGGCACCACCAAGACCGGCAAGGCCUACGAGACCACCCCCGCCGAGAUCGCAAAGGGCAUUUCCAACAGCCUCUUCAAGCGCACCGUUGUCGCCAGAAUCGACGGAGAGACACUAUGGGAUCUGGAGCGUCCUCUCGAGAAGAGCUGCAAACUAGAACUCCUCGACUUCAACGAUGAUCAGGGCAAGUUCGUUUUCUGGCACUCGAGUGCCCACAUCCUCGGCGAGGCCUGCGAGCGCAGAUUCGGCUGCUCUCUGUGCAUUGGCCCCCCCGUCGACAACGGCUUCUACUACGAAAUGGCUCUUCCCGGCGGUGCCGCUGUCCAGUCUAGCGACUGGGCACCCCUCGAGAACAUCGUCACCAAGAUCGUCAAGGAGAAGCAGCCUUUCCAGAGACUGGAGAUGAGCAAGGAGGAUCUGCUCAAGAUGUUCGCCUACAACCCAUACAAGCAACACAUCAUCAAGGACAAGAUCCCCGACGGCACCAGAACCACUGUCUACCGUAACGGGCCCCUUAUCGAUCUCUGCCGUGGUCCUCACGUCCCCGACACCAGCAGGAUCGAGGCUUUCGCCAUCAUGAAGAACUCCUCUUCCUACUUCCUUGGUGACGCCAACAACGACUCCCUCCAGCGUAUCUAUGGUGUCUCGUUCCCCGACAAGAAGCAGAUGGCCGCUCACAAGAAGUUCCUUGAGGAAGCUGCCAAGCGCGAUCACCGCCUCAUUGGCAAGCAGCAGGAGCUUUUCUACUUCGAGGAGUGCUCGCCCGGCUCUGCCAUGUGGCUGCCCCACGGCAUGCGCAUCAACAACGCCAUCAUGGAAUACAUCAAGGAGGAGUACUGGAAGCGCGGUUACGACGAGGUCAUGACUCCCAACAUGUUCAACGUCGCUCUUUGGGAGCAGUCCGGUCACUUGGCUCACUACAAGGAUGACAUGUUUAUUCUCGACGUUGACAAGGAGCAGUUUGGUCUGAAGCCCAUGAACUGCCCUGCUCACGCCAUGAUGUUCCGUCACCGUGACCGCAGCCACAAGGAGCUUCCCCUCAGGCUUGCUGAUUUCGGUGUGCUCCACAGAAACGAGGCCAGUGGUGCUCUCUCUGGCCUUACCCGUGUGCGCAGAUUCCAGCAGGAUGACGCUCAUAUCUUCUGCCGUGAGGAUCAGAUCAAGGCCGAGGUUGCCGACCUCUUCGACUUCAUGAAGUCCUUCUACGGCAUGCUUGGCCUCACCUUCAAGCUGAAGCUCUCUACCCGCCCUGAGAAGUACAUGGGUGAGAUUGAGACCUGGGACCGCGCCGAGGCUCGUCUCAAGGAGGCUCUCAACGAGUUCGUCGCUGCUACUGGAGGCACCUGGGAGCUGAACGAGGGCGAUGGUGCCUUCUACGGCCCCAAGAUCGAUAUCGCUGUUUUGGACUGCCUCAACCGCCCCUGGCAGUGCGCCACCAUCCAGCUCGACUUCCAGCAGCCCAUCAACUUCUCUCUCGAGUACAUGACCGCUGAUGCCCAGGCCAAGCAGGAUGAGGACAAGGCUGCCUCCAAGGCUGCUAAGCCUGAAGCUCCCAAGGAGGAGGAAGAGGCUCCCAAGGAGGGCGAGGAGAAGAAGAAGAAGGCUCUUCUUGUCAAGAAGCCCCUUACUGCCGGCUGCGCCCGCCCCGUCAUGAUUCACCGUGCCAUGGCUGGUUCCAUCGAGCGCUUCACUGCCAUUCUUGCCGAGCACUUCGCCGGCAAGUGGCCUUUCUGGAUGUCGCCCCGCCAGGUCAUGGUCAUUCCCGUUGGCAUGGGCUUCCUUGAUUACGCCAAGGAGGUUGCCUUGACCCUCAAGAAGGAGAAGAUCCACGUCGAUGUCGAUAGCAGUGGCAACACCCUCCAGAAGAAGAUUCGUUCUGCCCAGCUUGCCCAAUACAACUUCAUCUUUGUCGUCGGCGACGACGAGAAGACCAACCGCAAGGUCAACAUCCGUUACCGUGACGACACCUCCACCCAGGCCCGUGACGUGCCCUACUCUCUCGAGGAGGCCGUCGAGAAGCUUCGCGCGCUCAAGGCCGAUCGCGGCAUGUACAACCCUUUCCCUGCCCAUAACCCCAAGAAGGAGGAGGCUACCAAGGAGGAGGUCAAGGCUUAAAGCUCCAGCUCAACUUAGGGAGUACAUGAAGCAAAAGAAAUAACAAACUCAAAUUUAAAAGUUCAUGUUGGCAGCAAGGGGGCGGCGUAGGCAGGAGUAUGGGUUAUAGUCAUCUAGCAUAUGCUUGUUACAGAACGGUAGAGAAAGAGGCGAAUAUUUUUGUUAAAUCUUAUACUAAGGAGCCUUUGAUAUUCUUUGGAAAUGGUUUGGUGGUCUGUCGCUCGGGCGCACUGGUGCUUCUGCAUAGACCUAAACACUGCAUAUCAGAAGAAAUGAUUUCGCGUAGACAGGAUACGGACAAGAAGGCGAAGACGGGAAAAAGAGAGAGGGUAUUUGUAUUCUAAAAUGGAAAAGCGUGUACACACUCGCACUACACAAUGCAGCCAACCGGAUAGUGACCAGAAAGGAAAAUGGCAGGAAAAAAAAG